GGUGUUACGGCGGAACUGUUAGUUGGAUGCACAUUCGUUUGUACUCACAUGUGGAUUACAUUUGGAACCCUCUCUAGGUUUGAUUUUUACAUCGUUUUCAUAUUCAGUUUUAAUUUAUUGUGCUUUAAUAAAACGGUUCAUUGGCUCCGGUUUUAACGCGAUUUUGCUGUACUAUUCAAUCCAUCAAACUUGGGUAGCAUCUCUUCGUGCAUGUGCUGGCUAUGGGUAGACUGAGAAAGAAACACAAUUGGAAAGGAAGACAGCAAUCUGACUCAAAGGCCGAGACAAACGAGGUGCGGAGCGACGUGACUGUGGAACUUGAAGAUGAAAACCUGAAAGGUGUCGACGAGUGCAAUGCCUUGGUGCUUCCAGCCACCAAAACAAAGAAGAAGGAUGUGGAGAAACAUGUUCCCAAGAAGCAGCCAUUGACUAAGAAACAGAAGAAACAUCUCCAGAAGGUCUUGGAGGUGAAGAAGAAAAAAGCUCAGCGUGAGGACAUUUUGGGCAAGCUGGCGGCGAUUCAGGCACCUGAAUCUGAGAUGAAGCUACUUUAUACUACAUCUAAGUUGGGAACCGGAGACAAGCUUUACCUGAAUAAACGAUGUGUUGAGGAAACUCAGGAUGUGACAUCAGGGCUCCUGAAGAUCAGUAGUCUGACUGGUGCCAACCGGAAGAGAAAGUGGAGGACCGAAGAGGAGGAGGAGGAGGAGGUGGAGGAGAAAGAUGGAGAGAAUAGUGAAACCACUGACUCCUCUGACAAUGAUGAAGAAAACGAUGAGGCCAAGAAUAGAGCACAGGAAAACAGUGAGAUCCAUAAACCAGAGAUUCCUGCUGGUCCUUCCGCGGAGAGCACUGCAAAGGCAAUCCAAGGCCAGGCUGCUUCAAAUAACGUUCCUCCUAAACUGAUGCCCAAGAAGGAACCAUCAGAACCUGCUAUAUUUGUGCCUGUUGAUAGACUGCCCAAGGUCCAGGAGGCCCGCUUAAAGCUGCCAGUGUUGGCAGAGGAGCAAGUCAUCAUGGAGGCGGUUCGGGAGAACAUGUGCGUGAUCCUGUGUGGGGAGACGGGCAGCGGAAAGACCACCCAGGUGCCCCAGUUCCUCUAUGAGGCUGGAUACGCCAGUGAAAAUGGUAUCAUUGGCAUCACAGAGCCCAGGCGUGUGGCAGCAGUCAGCAUGUCCCAGAGAGUUGCCACGGAGAUGAACCUGUCCUCACGUGUGGUGUCCUACCAGAUCAGGUAUGAAGGGAAUGUGACAAGUGACACCAAAAUUAAGUUUAUGACUGAUGGUGUUCUGCUGAAGGAGAUUCAAAAGGAUUUCCUGCUGCAGAAGUACAAAGUCAUCAUAAUUGACGAAGCCCAUGAGCGGAGUGUGUACACAGACAUUCUGAUUGGUCUGCUUUCACGUAUCGUGCCACUGCGCAACAAGAAAGGACAUCCCAUGAAACUGAUAGUCAUGUCAGCCACCCUCCGUGUCGAGGAUUUCACAGAAAACCGGAAGCUGUUCUCCACCCCUCCUCCUGUGAUCAAGGUGGACGCACGGCAGUUUCCUGUCACCAUUCACUUCAGUAAGCGCACAGCCAUGGAAGAUUACAUGGGGGAGGCAUUCCGGAAGACCUGCAAAAUUCACCGCAUGCUCCCCCCAGGUGAGGCACCGGCAGCAUCAGCUGAGUACUUGCUAUACUCACUUAGGUCAUGUGAUCGCCAUAUCACUCCACUUCACCAGUGCCUUCCUUGCAUCAACCUCGACAAUUACUCUGCGCUGCCAGUGGAUGAGGGAGAUGAGGACCGCCUGGCUGGAAUUGGCGAUGAGGAGGAGGGGUCUGAUUUGGACCUGGAACUGGGAGAUGAUCCUCAUGACUCAGAGGAGAAGGGUGACCCUGCACUACCUCUCUUCGUUCUCCCUCUCUACUCCCUCCUGGCUCCAGAGCGACAGGCCAAGGUGUUCCAGCCAGCGCCUGCGGGUACCCGCCUGUGUGUGGUGGCCACCAACGUGGCGGAGACCUCUCUGACCAUCCCGGGCAUCAAGUUUGUGGUGGACUGUGGCCGUGUCAAGAAGCGCUUCUAUGACCGCGUCACUGGCAUCUCCUCUUUCAAAGUGACCUGGACAUCUCAGGCCUCAGCCAAUCAGAGAGCAGGGAGGGCGGGGCGUACAGAUCCUGGCCACUGCUAUAGGUUGUAUUCCUCUGCAGUUUUCUCUGAUUUUGAGGAAUUCUCAGAGGCAGAAAUCACACGACGGCCCGUGGAUGAUCUUGUCCUACAGAUGAAAGAUCUUAACAUUGAAAAGGUGGUGAACUUCCCGUUCCCCACUGCACCCUCACUUGAGGCCCUCAUAGUGGCGGAGCAUCUGCUGGUAUCCCUGGGAGCGCUGGAAGGGCCACGACAUGGCGGCCGGGUGAAGGAGAUGGAGCGGGCACGGCUGAGCUGUCCCAUUACCCCCCUGGGCCGCGCCAUGGCUGCCUUCCCUGUAGCCCCACGCUUUGCCAAAAUGCUGGCCCUGGGGAGGCAGCAGGCCUGCCUGCCCUAUGUCAUCACCAUCGUAGCAGCCAUGACGGUCCGGGAGGUUUUCGAGGAACUGGAUAGACCUGCGGGCAGUGAAGAGGACAACUCCAAGUUGGCACAGAGACGCCUGCGUUUCACCCAGAUGAGGAGGCUGUGGGCUGGAGAGGGGGUGUCCUCUUUGCUGGGGGACCUCAUGGUGAUGCUGGGAGCCGUGGGAGCUUGUGAGUAUGCUGGCUGCACCCCUAAGUUCUGUCAGGAUAACGGGCUGCGCUACAAAGCUAUAGUGGAGAUACGGCGACUGAGAGGGCAGCUCACAACCGCAGUAAAUGCUGUAGACCCAGAAGCAAAGGUGUUCCUCGAUGCCAAAAUGGCACCCCCUACAGAGAGCCAGGUGGUGUGCCUGCGGCAAAUUGUUUUGGCAGGGUUGGGUGACCACCUUGCACGCCGGGUGCAAGCAGAAGAAUUGCUGGAUCCCAAAUGGCGCAAUGGCUACAAGACACCUCUUCUUGAUGGCCCAGUGUUCAUACACCCCAACUCGGCCCUCUUCAAGAAGUUGCCACAGUAUGUGGUGUACCAGGAAGUUCUGGAGACAUCCAAGAUGUAUAUGAGAGGUGUGUCAGCAGUGGAGGAGGAGUGGAUCCCCGGGAUCCUGCCCCAGUACUCCCAUUUUGAGGCACCUUUGGAGACGCCACCGCCGCGAUUCUGCUCGGAAAGCGGCCGAGUGAAGUGCCACUGCAAGAGCACCUUCUUCCGUGUUGGCUGGCAGCUUCCUCCGGUGGAAGUCGAUUACCCAGAAGGGCUGGAUCGCUAUAAGCUCUUUGCCAAGUUCCUGCUUGAAGGAAAGGUGUGCCCACAGCUAGGCAGCUAUACCAGCUGCCUCCUCUCCAGUCCCUCCAUCAUGAUGAAAACCUGGGCCAAAUUGCAGCCCCGUACUGAAGCCUUAAUUGGGGCUCUGGUAUCAGAGAAGACAGACUGUCGAGAGGCCCUGCUCUCAGCUUGGAAGAAAGACCGUACAUACUUGCUGUCCGCUUACUGCCAGUGGCUCCCUGAGUCUUUGCAUGAGAAGGUAUCCAAGAGCUGGCCGCCUAUCUGAACUGACAGUGGACAAGUGAUCUUCUGAUUGGCAUCACAGUCUGUCCAUCUCCACGACCUCCACAGUGCUGCAGCUCUCAUCUUCUGCUCAGUCAGAUAUCAGGAACUCUUGAAGUUUCUGUUGAACUGUAUUAUUAUGAAUAAUGUGGAGCAGUGGGCUCGAAUUUAUUUUUGAGGACAGCUCUGGUCAGUCCUCCUGUUGUGGCAGAAUGAUUUAUUAUGCCUGAGUGAAGCACCUUUUGUGUACAUCUGGUCUUUAUGGGACUUUCUUUUGUGUGCAUAUAUUUUAAGAGAAAUGUGUUUGUACUCAUUACAUUUGUGUCAUGUUUUACUUUUGAGUACUGUGAGUAUAGUACAACGCAAAAAAGCAUAUUUGGAGACAUUUAAACAAUAUGAAAUGUGAUACUUUAUAGUACUCUUAUUCAGGUAUCGUCAGUGUUCAUCUAUGAAAAAUUAUAUUCCAUAUUUGAAAAUGUAUUGUACAUUUGUCGCAAUCAAUAUUCAAAGAUCUUGAGGGACAAAAAGUAUUAGACAAAAAUCCUGAGUAAAUACAUAUAUAUAUAUAUAUAUAUAUUUUUUUUUUUUAAAUAUUUAAAAUGCACCCAGACACCUGUAUGAAAAGGCAGUUGCCUUUUAAACUUGCUUGUUUAUAGCGAUAACUGCUGUCAAGCUAUUCUUAUAAUUUCAUAUCAAUCAUUCAUAUGGCUGUGAAGAAAUUUUAGCCUAAGCUUGGCAAAAAUGCUGUAGUUCUGAAAGAAUUGGUUUUCAAGAAUGAACUGCUUGUCGCAGAUCCUGCUUCAGGUUCAAGUGAGGGCUUUGAGUAAGUUACUAAUUUUCUUUUCAGCCAUCUAAAUGUGGACUGGAUCUUGUGUUUUUGACCAUCGUCUUGCUGCAUAACCCAAUUAUGCUUAUGGUUUCUUCAAUAAUGGGAGAUCCCAAGGUAGCAAAGUGUCACCACACUAUCACUGCCAUGUUUGGUGGUUGGGGUGACGGUAUUUCAGCAAAAUGCUGUAUUUGCUAUACGUCCAGUAUAAUGGGAUAUGCACAGUGUGCACAUGAUUAUUAUGCAUUAUUUGUAAUGCAUAAUAUUAUUAUUUGUAAUGAAAUAGCAUCUCCAAGAGCAUUUUUUAAAAAAUGAAAACCAUACUAACCUCUAUGCAUUCGGUGUAAACAUUUCCAGUUGAUUUUAUUACUUUAUUGAAAGUGGUUGUGGUGUAAAAUGAGGAAUGCCUUAAAUUCUGAUGUGCAUCAUUAUUAGGCAGCUUUUUGCUGCUGGGAAUAUGAGGCGAAAAAAGACGUCAUUUGAUGGAAACGCAAAAAUAGUUAACUGGCUUUCAGAGGGAUACAAAAGAAUUGAAAAUCCGAAGAUUUUCAGCCAUGAUCACAAACGAGAUUUAUGAUUGUGAGAUCACAGGGGCACAGAAAACGUAGAAAAAAACUAUGCAAAUUAACCAUAAGAGACUACAGAAUAAUUAAACAGGAAGUAUCCAGGCAUCAUUUAGUCUCAAAUACCAUUCUAGAACUGCAGCCUUCCUGGACUCUGGAGAAGCAUAAGGUGCAAAAUGCUUUGCAUACCUGGGAAGGUCAGAAAAAUAGCCUACCUUAAAUGAAAAACAACCUAAAGCAUCAAGAAUUGGCAAAACAAUUCACAAAGAGAGAUUUUUCAAAGGUUUUGUGGAUGGAUGAGUGAAUUGGUUGAUCCAUUUUGAGUGGAAGAUGGAUUGGUACCAGAAGAUGCCAGCGUCAUUCAAAAGUUCAUGAUCCUUAUGUAAGACAAUUCUCCAUUCCAUUGGUCCAAGCAUUGGCUAACCAGCAAAGGGUUCAGAGAUGGUAACAUGAUAACUUGGCCCCCUUGCUCUGCUAAUUUGACCCCAAUUGAAAAUCCUGUGGGCCCUCCUAAAGAGGGCCACACAUCUCUGAACAGCCAAUGGGCAUCUUUCUUGGAUGCUUCAGCUAAAGUAGGGCAUGAUCACAUCAAAUAAACAGAGGAUCACUGACCUACUUUUUGGUCAUUAUACACUGCCUGGCUUAAAAAAAAAAGUCGCAAAGUUUAAUAUUUUGUUGGAUCCCAUGUAACUUUGAUUGUGGUGCACAUUCUUUAAUGCAUUGUUUCCAUGUGCUUAUGCAGCAUCUCAAAAAAAUUUUUCCAUCCAAAAUUUUAUUAAUUUCUCUUUAAGAUCUUGUAUUCAUGAAAGGUGAGUAGUACCAUUCCGUAAAGUCAUCUUCAUCACAUCUGAAAGACAUUCAAUGGGGUUAAGGUCAAAACUCUGUGCUGCUCAAUUCACUCGUGAAAAAGAUUUCUCCCUAAACCACUCUUUAACAGUUAGAGCCCUAUGAAUCUUGGUAUUAUCAUCCCGGAAUAUGCCCAUGCCUUUAGGUUAGAAAAAAUCCAUUGAUGGGAUAACCUGGCCCUUCAGUAGAUUCCGGUAUUCAGCUGACUUCACCUUAUUGCUCCAUAACGUUGCUAAGCUUUAAUAAAGGUGUUAUCAUUGGCUUUUAAGUACAUCUGAUUUAAUUUCAAGCGGUGACCUUUUUUUUUUUGGCCAGGCAGUGUAUCCUGCAUGUAAAAUAUCAAUAGCUACACUACUGUUCAAAGGUUUAGUGUCACUUAGAGAUUUCCGUGCUUUUGUCCAUUAAAAUAACAGAAAUUC